CGUGGCGGAGGUGUUCUUGAACUUGUGCGUGAAAGUUUGGCCCCGGAAGGAAUGUGGAUUGCAGGAUGAUGGUUGGGAAGUUGUUGUCAUGGUGGAUGAGUGUGCGGUUGGUGGUAUUGGUGCUGGCUUUGGCAGCAUGCCGGGUGGCGUCACAGGAUGGCGAACACCACUGCGUGAUGUACGGAAUCUGCAACGAGAUCGGGAUACACCAUCAGAAUUGUCCAACUGCGGAGAAGGCUAAGCCGUUGAACAAUCCGGCGGCAGAGGAGAUCAUGCGUCGGCGAUGCGGUUUCAUGUUUGAAGAUAACGAUGUGCCUUUAUGCUGUGACUAUUCGCAGCUGUUGGAGUUGGACAAGAAUUUCAAGAACGGGGAAGGCCUGUUCGGACGAUGUGAGACUUGUACGAAAAAUAUGCUGUUCAGUAUUUGCAAUAUGGCGUGCAGUCCAGAGCAGAGUCGGUUCUUGACGGCUUACGAGGAUCCCAGCGGAACGUUCGUGGAGAAGGUUGACUACCGGAUCAGUCGAGAGCACGUGGAAGGAGUGUACGAAUCGUGUAAAGGCAUUAUUCUUCCAUCGAGUGGAAAGUAUGCAAUGGAUAUCGCUUGUGGAGGCUGGGAGUCGACAAGGUGUACGGCGGAGAGGUGGUUUGAGUAUCUCGGGGAUGCCGAGAAUAAUGACUACGUGCCUUUCCUGAUUGAGUAUCAGUAUCCGGAGAACCCGGACACGCGGUACAAUCUAGAUGUUCUGCAUUGCAACGAAGCGUACAAUGAUUCAAACAGCUGCUCGUGCGUAGACUGCUUGGAAAGUUGUCCAGUAUCGGAUCCACCAAUAGCAAAUGAUCCAGGAUUUUUGGUUGGCGAUUUGAACGGGGCGACAUUCGUGGUGGCCGUAGUCAUUGGUGGGUUUGGGCUGGUGGUUGUGUUGAUUUCUGGGUUUGUGCGAUCUUCUGGAAGGUCAUUUGAGUUUCCAAAGUUCUGCGGAGGUUUUCCGGUUGUCAACGUCAGUUUGACCAAGUUUUUCACCAGUUUAGGAACAUUUUGCGCAGCUCAUCCAGUGUUGAUUUUGGCAAUUUGCUCUUGGAUCGCUGCUGGUCUUUGCUACGGAAUUGUAUACCUGGAGAUAACUACCGACCCCGUUGAGCUGUGGGCAUCUCCCGAUAGUCGAUCCCGUGUCGAAAAAGACUAUUUCGAUUCUCGGUUUUCACCCUUCUUCCGUACUACGCAGAUGUUCAUCAAACCAAUCAAACGGGACUACAUCGUUCACCCAACCUCCACGGGCAACAUCACCUUUGGUCCAGCAUUCGACAAGGAAUUUCUCCUGGCGGUCUUUGCCCUGCAGGAGGAAAUCGAGAAAAUAGGCCAGGAAGAGGGAGCCGGCCUGGAGAAGAUUUGCUACGCCCCGAUGACGGCAGCUGACAAGGAAACAGUCCUGAACGAAUGUACGAUUCAAUCGGUGUUUGGCUAUUUCCAAAACGACUACGACAAAUUUAAUAAAACCUCUUUGGACUUUGAAGGAUUCGAAGUGAACUACUUGAACACGAUCAAUGACUGCACUCGGAACGCCUACCUACCGGCUUGCUUUGGGCCAUACGGAGGCCCUGUGGAACCAGGAAUAGCUGUUGGAGGCUUUCCAAAGCCGGCGAUGGGGGAGAGCCCAGAUUUCCGAAUUGCCACCGGGGUCAUCGUAACCAUAUUGAUCAAUAACAAGGCCAAUAAGGGCGAGCUGGGACCGAUGAUGGAGUGGGAGAAGAAAUACAUCGAGUUCAUCGAGAAAUACCGGAACCCAUUGAUGGAUAUAGCAUACACGGCUGAGCGAUCCAUCGAGGACGGGAUUGACGCCAUGUCCGAGGCAGAGAUGUACACCGUGAUCAUCAGCUACGUUGUGAUGUUUAUUUACAUUACGAUUUCGCUGGGCAAGAUCAGUGGCUUGCGGACGUUUUUCAAGGAAUCCAAGAUAAUUUUGGCGGUUGGAGGCAUUGUGAUCGUUCUGGUUUCCGUCGCUUGCAGCUUAGGCUUCUUUGGAUAUCUACGCUUGGCUACGACCAUGUUGACGAUCGAGGUCAUUCCCUUCCUGGUGUUGGCCGUCGGCGUGGAUAACAUCUUCAUGUUGGUUCAUGCCUUCCAGCGGAUCGAUCGCUUGGAGACUCCGGAAACGGAAAAGGCCAUCGGAAAGGCUUUGGGCCAGAUUGGUCCUUCGAUUCUGCUGACAUCGGCGAGUGAGUGCUUCUGUUUUGCGAUCGGAGGCUUAUCGCCGAUGCCCGCGGUCAACACGUUUGCCUGGUACGCUACGGUGGCACUGUUGGUAGAUUUUCUGCUGCAGAUAACUGCGUUUGUGGCACUGAUGGCGUUGGAUGAACGGCGUACCGCCAGCGGUCGGUUGGAUCUGUUUUGCUGCGUUAAGAGUGGAAAGCAGAUGGACGGAACCGAAACGACAGGGUUCCUGGAGAGGUUCUUCGGGAAGUACUACGCUCCAUUUUUGAUGAAGAAACCGGUUCGAUUGACGGUGUUGGCGUUCUUCAUCGUACUGUCGUCACUGUCGUUGAUGGUCGUUCCCAACGUGGAACCCGGACUGGAUCAGGAAUUGUCAAUGCCGAAGGAUUCGCACUUGGUAAAGUACUUCCAGUUCAUGGCGGAGUUGCUGUGGAUGGGUCCACCGGUAUACUUUGUGCUGAAGGCUGGAUUGAAUUACAGCUCCGUAGCCGAUCAAAAUCUGGUCUGCGGAGGAGUGCUGUGCAACUCUGACUCGGUGCAGACUCAACUGUACCUGGCUUCACGCUAUCCGGAGAUAACCCAUAUUGCUAGACCGUCUUCUUCGUGGCUGGACGACUACGUCGAUUGGUUGACCAUUGAUAGCUGUUGCCGGUUCAAUUCAACGGAUGAAUCGUUUUGCAUGAGUUCAAAUACCUUCUGCCAGUCCUGUCCGAAGGAGUUUGACGAAACGGGAAUACGGCCGACGGUGCCGCAGUUUGAGCGGUACAUGGAGUUCUUCCUGUCGGAUAUUCCGGACGAUCGAUGCGCCAAGGCAGGUCGGCCCGCGUACCUGUCGGCACUAAACUACGUGACGGGUUCGGAUGGCCACCUGAAUGUGCACGAUUCAUACUUUAUGAGUUACCAUACGACGGUGGUCACCUCGAGAGACUUCUACGAAGCGCUGCAGUGGGCUCGGAAGGUUACCGACGACAUUCAGCAGAUGCUGGAUGAGAAGGACGCCGGAGUGGAGAUCUUCCCGUACAGUGUGUUUUACGUGUUCUACGAGCAAUAUCUAACGAUCUGGGGAGAUGCACUGUUGUCGUUAGGGCUAUCGUUGGCUGCGGUGUUCGUUGUGACGUUCCUGGUCACCGGAUUGGACAUUGUGUUCUCGUUGAUCGUGUUGUUAAUGGUGUUCCUGAUUCUGCUGAACAUGGGAGGCUUCAUGUGGCUGUGGAACAUCACCUUGAAUGCCGUGUCGCUGGUCAAUCUGGUCAUGAGCGUCGGAAUCGGAGUGGAAUUCAUUUCACAUAUCGUUCGAUCCUACAAGAAUGAAGUGGGCAGCAAAAUCGAUCGUGCAGCUCUGGCGUUGACCAAGACCGGCAGCAGUGUCUUCUCCGGAAUCACACUGACCAAGUUUGCCGGAAUCAUUGUGCUGGCGUUCGCCAAUUCACAAAUCUUCCAGAUAUUCUACUUCCGGAUGUACCUUGGAAUUGUUCUGAUCGGCGCGAUUCAUGGAUUGAUACUGCUGCCCGUAUUCCUCAGCUACAUCGGACCACGAUCCACCAAGUCCACGGUGACGAGGGAGAGCAUGGAACCCAUUACACCACAAGAUCCUUGGAUCGAUGCAGAAAUCAAUGGGACGCUGCCGGAGCCUUCGGCUUCGCUGAAACAAUAACCCCAUAGAUAGUCAUUUUCGUUAACUGGUCAUGUAAUUUAUUCACCCACACCAACACAAAUACAAAUCGAUAUCAAUACUCGCUUUCAA